AGACCGGUCGGCGGGGCCGCCGCUGUGGCCGGUCCCCUCGGUUGCGGGCGGUGCCACAGCUGCCGAGCGCCUCGCCGGCUCCGCCCCGCAGGCCGGGACAACCAGGCAGGGGCUGCGCGCGCGCGAUCGGGCUGGGGUUGCCCGGGGAAGGAGGCUGGCUGGUGGUGCUCAGGAGUGAGUCGCUGGCCGGCCGGCCGGGAGACGCGCGUCUGCGGCCAAGCUGCCCGUUUCUCUCUCUCGCUACUGCCGAGCCGGGUUGUAGAAAGACAGGCUGGAGGUGUAAUUUUUCGGCCGGCUGGGGAGGAAGCGUUUGCGUUCCCUGCGGGGCUGAGCGGUGCAAAGGCGAGAUAACCUAAGUGAGGAUUUGGAGCUCAGAGGCCCUUCCUUCUAUCCAAGAAACAUCAUGGCUGAACCAGACUACAUAGAUGAGGACAAUCCAGAGCUAAUUAGACCUCAGAAACUAAUUAACCCUGUCAAGUCAUCCCGGAAUCAUCAAGACCUUCACAGAGAACUCCGCAUGAAUCAGAAAAGGGGUCUGGCUCCUCAGAAUAAACCAGAGCUGCAAAAGGUGAUGGAAAGACGGAAACGAGACCAAUUUAUCAAACAGCAGAAGGAAGAGGAGGCACGAAAGAAGAAAUCAGAUUUGGAAAUAGAGCUACUUAAAAGGCAGCAGAAAUUGGAACAGCUUGAACUUGAAAAACAGAAGAUGCAGGAAGAGCAAGAGAAUGCUCCUGAAUUUGUCAAAGUGAAAGGCAACUUGAGGAGGACCGGUCAAGAAUCAGCAGAAGCUGAAAACUCCUAGAAGAGGAGCUGCUGACAAGACUCAAAGCUCUCUCCCCUCGGGAUGCUCGGGAGAGGCUUCUUCAACAAGGUCAUCUCACCCAUUUGCUAUUGAGGAAGGGCAUUUGCACCUGGGUAUAAAAUGUACUCAAUACGAGGUCAGUUUCUGGAACAUGAGCAGACUGCAAGUUGAAAUUAUACAAAUUCGCCAAUAAUAGUGGAGCAAUCAGCGGAUAAACAAGCAACCUGUCAUCGGUGGAAGGAGCUCUCCAAAGUACUGACCAGGAAAACAAAUUGGACUUGUGGCUUUGCUUGUUUAUUCCUGAUCCAAGGCUAGUGGGGAUCUCAGGCUAGCGUGUGUAAUUUUUUUUCUCUUGUUUACUUUGUGAAAUUCUGCUAUGCAGAAAGACAAAGCAUUCUGAAACCACUUUUCUUGCAUUUAGCAGGGGAACCCAGGCACCCCGCAGCCUCUGAUAUUAGUUUGAAUUCCUUGAGACUUGAAGUUGUAUUUGUCUUGCCCACUACCAAGUAUGUGGGUCUGGAAUGGACCACAUGAGCAUCACUGUGAGCAAAUAUGGACAGCAAGAGGUUGGGGGAAAUUCCUGGUCUUGAAGCCACUAUGAGAUCUCUGUCGUUAAGGUGGUGUAGAGCUGUGUACUGGAAUGCACACAGAAUGUUUGACUGUGCACUCCUGCCCCUCCCCUCCCAUCUUGUGAAGCAGUCAUACUACUUUGCCAUCUCUACGUAAUGUGCACUUGCUAUGUCUGAAUUUUAGCAGACCUUUGAUUCUGUGGCUUGCUUAUUCUCACUGGGAUCUAAAGAACUGCACAAUUGAUUCUGUGUUCUUUUGAGGGGGGUUCUUCGAAGCUUCUUGGCAGCAGCUUGCUCCCCUCGUACCCCACUCCUCCCCAGGCGAUAUGGCAGGCUGCUUUUGAAACCAAGCAAUUUUCAAAAGCAGUUCAUUCAUAAAGAUUUAUUGUUCAAAGGAUGGGGGGAACACACUGGGCAUGCUCCCAUCUACAAUAUAGCCCUUUUAACCAUGUUAAUUUUUCUUUCUGUCUUGAAGGGGGAAAAAAUCAAAUUAUACAGUAGGCAUAAAAACAACAGUGGACAAUAUAAAAUGCUUUAGUUCUGUCAAGGCUUGAGUAGAGAUUGGGAAUAAGAGAAUGUUUUAGAAGGACCAUCUGUCUGCUCCCCUGGUGUAAGAAGCUUGAUUCUAGGCUGGUUUCUCUGUUUUCCCACUUGGUAAGAAUAUUCCUGCAUUUCAGAUACAGAGCUGCUGCUGCUUGGCAAGGUUAAAAAUAACCCUCUUGCAUUGCCAGCCUGCUGAAAUGGGUUUUCUUGAGAGCAGUCAUAAACUUUGGCCUGCCUUAGUUUUCCCUGUGCUCUGCCAGCUAACUCUUCCAAUUGCAUUUGGAAAUAUUGAGUGAUUUUUUAGUUCUACAGUUCUUUGUAAGUAUUCCCACUGCUCUAGGGAAUGCAAGUUAGGCAGUGGGGGCAUAGAUCCUGAAGAGCUUUUUACUAAUCUCUCCCACCUCACCCCACCCCAAUAGUUGGUGAAAGGGGUAUGAGGUGCACAUCUUCAUCACUAACUGGAAACAGAAUUUGCUGUACAAAAUGUUCACAUGCAGAUUACGUCCUAAGCAGGGUCUGUGCAGUCUUAAAUUAGUUUUAGUACAAAAGGUGACAUGUGAGAGAUGGGAAUACAUGUU